AUGAAGAUAGUACUUCAAAGAACGCAGACACAGAGAUACAAAAAAAAACGUUCAAAGGCCUAUAGAGGAACGUCAUCUAAUAACAUUACCAACGCCAUACUGUAUAUGCUCGCUAUCGAAAACAGUCCUCUCUCUGCUGUCGAAAACGAAGGGUUCCGCACUCUUAUGAAGACGACAGCUCCGCGGUACAAGAUCCCAUCAAGACGCACUAUCGCUCGUUACAUGGACGAUAAGUACGAAUACCUGCAUGGCAUGUUCAAAUGCGAGAUUGCUCAAGUUACUGCACUAACCCUCACAUGUGAUAUCUGGUCCGAUAUUUCAAAUCGUGGGUAUUUAGGGAUAACGGUACACUAUUUACAUGAUAAUAAAAUGAAUAGUGAGUGCUUGGGCGUAUUACCGUUAGAGGAAAGCCAUACGGCACAUUACAUUUCGGAUAUUCUUAUGGAGGGAAUUCAGUCCUUUGGAAUCAAUCGAGAAACCGUGACAGCGAUCGUGACUGACAAUGGCGCGAACAUUAAAAAAGCAACAAUAGAUUGUUUCGGUGCUUCCAAACACAUUGAGUGUUUUGCUCACGCUGUAUCGCAUAUUGUGCCCGAUGCAAUAAGUGCUACGCCUGGGAUCGAACAAACAAUCGCGAAAGUAAAAUUCAUUGUCACGCUAACGAAACGCAGCGUCGUCGUUUCGGACGAAUUGCGGCGUCUGCAAAAACGAGAUGGAAAAACGGAAGCAACCCUUCUCAAGUUUAAACAAGACGUUCCGACGAGAUGGAAUUCCACUCUAAUUAUGAUCGAGCGAUUUCUGGAGCUCCAUGAGUACGUAUACCCGAUCUCUUUUAAGUGCAAAGGGCCCGUAGAAAUGCUUACGCGCGAAGAACUCGAUUUAUUGCGGGAUAUAAUAUUAGUUUUAAAACCUGUGGAAAAUGUAAUAACCGAGAGCAGCGCAGAUACAUACGUCACAUCGAAUUUGAUAAUUCCGAUUAUCCGCUGCAUGAUGAUCGCUAUUAGAACACGCAGUCUGUGCACUGAAAUAGGACAACAGUUCCAAGAAAAACUUAUGAGUCUCGCGAGCUGCUCGCGAUAUUGA